AUGGUUCUCCUCCGCCGCUCUUCUGUUGUACUCCAACACUUCCGUCGCUCUUCUACUCUCUAUAGUAGUAGUAGUCAUUAUAGUAAUAAUAAUAAUAGUAGUCGUACUACUGCUGCUGCUUCUUCUUCUAUUCCAGCUGAAAAAUUAGAAUUAUUAUUACAACGAUGUGGUCUUCACAGUAUAAUAGAUGCUCAUGGUGGUUCUGAUAACUUUGCUCGUAUAGUUCAUUCUCAUACAGAGUAUCAACUCUUUGCUCCUCUCUUUACACCAUACUUUACCAUAUCUCAUCAUCAAUUAACAAUGUUGGGAGAUACCAUUAUGGAUGAUUUUCUUACUCGUGCUAUUAUGGAUUAUGCUAUACAUAUGGGAUUAGUAUUAACUGUAAAUGCCACUAGACAAUUAAAAGCCGUUUUACAUAAUCACUUUACACUCCGUCUCUUUGCAAAGGAAUUACACUUUGAUGAAUUAGUCGUUCCAUUGGAAUUUUAUACUUCUACUCAUAAUAAUAAUAAUAAUAAUCAUCAUCAUCAUAAUAAAGAAAAAGAAAAA